GUUAACAUUUAAGCAAAUUGGCUAUACGGUUUGAGCAGCUAAGUGUUAACUGUUUGCUAGCUAGCUAAGAGCUUUUUUUUUUUCUUUUUUCUUUUUUUUUUACUAGUAAUCCAACCUGUUCGAUUACGUGUAGAGUCAAUGAUUUAUGACUGAAUAUAUCGUGCCGACUAAAUAAAUCUAACUUUCUAACACUGAAACCAGAUAACUGGCUCACCAGUGGUCUAGCCACUGUUUUGAAGCUUAUAUUUUGCAGGUAACGUUGCCACUCUUUUCACGGAAAAGUAAAUAAAGCACGUUUGACGUCGUUAGAUGACGCAACAGACUAUUGGCAUAUUGAUUUUAUUACCUUGACCAUUGGCAAAUUAUGUAACAUACUAAUGAACAUAUGGAUGAUUAAUAGAUGAUGAGGUGUUUCUUAAAUAUUUCGAAUAUCACGAAGAAGGCAUCUUUAGUCUUGGUGCUUACAAGUUAACCUUUUUAUUAGUUUACAUUUACAAAUUAAUGGACUUUCUAUCAAGAAAUAUGAUUAAAAUAAGCAGUGAUACGGCUAAGAAGAGAGAUAGUAACAUUUCCAGCAUUUAGCAGACACCAUUAUCCAGAGCGACUUACAUUUUAUUUCAUUUUUAUACAAUUGAGGGUUAAGGACCUCACUCAGGGGCCCAACUGUCGCUUGGUGGAUGUGGGAUUCAAACUCACAACCUUCUGAUUGGUAGCCUGACACCCUAACCACUAGGUUAACCCGUUUAAUUAAUUGUAUUGAAAUUGACUAAACUGGGAUUAUACACUCAUUUUCCAGUUUAUUAGAAGCAGAAGCACAUUGCAGAAGAAAAUAAAAUUUUGAGCCUGAUGUGAUCUGCUGUUGGUGCCUAUCUACACUGAUGUUUUGUGCAUGCUGAAAUACAUUUCUGUUUACCAGAGUGAUUAUUUGACUUACUGGACUUCCUUCCUGGAACCUUGAACCAUUUUCCUCUGACCUAUAAUGAACCGAAAGAACUGUUGCUUACUUACUAAGUUUUUGUUUUUCAAACCGUCCUUUGUGAACGCUGGAGAUUGCGUGUGUGUGUGAAAUUCCCAGGUCACCAGUUUAUGAAAUACUCAAACCAACCCAUUUGGCACCAAAUUCCAUGAAAAUUUCCUGAUUUCCUGAAAAUUUUUUGAUGUGAACUUUAAAUGAAGCUCUAGUUUGUAUCUCCGUGAUUUUUUUAAUGUUUUGUUGCUGCCACGUGAUCGUCUGACUUGAUAGCUGCAUGGAUGCAUAGGUGUUCCUAAUAAAAUAGACUAUACGGUAAGUGACCUAUGAAACGUCCUCUAGAGAAUGGCUACAGCUGGUCCAGUCCCUACCGAGGGAGCUUUCUCCAAUAGACCUGCUGGAACUCUAAGGAUGGCAUCUGUUGAAGGCCAGACCUCUUUGAGUUCAUCACAGACCAAUAAGAGAACCAUCGGUCAUCGUGGGAUUGACCCUACAGGAGAGACGACAUACAAAAAGACAACUUCAUCUGCCCUGAAAGGUGCGAUCCAACUGGGCAUUGCACACACUGUGGGCAGUUUGAGCCAGAAGCCAGAGAGAGAUGUUCUCAUGCAGGACUUCGAAGUAGUGGAGAGUAUUUUCUUUCCCAGCGAGGGCAGUAAUUUAACUCCUGGACACCACCAUGGCGACUUCAGGUUUAAAACCUAUGCCCCAAUUGCCUUCCGCUACUUCAGAGAGAUGUUUGGAAUACGGUCUGAUGACUACCUUUAUUCGCUGUGUAACGAUCCCCUGAUAGAGCUGUCAAACCCUGGAGCCAGCGGGUCUGUCUUUUAUGUCUCCAGUGAUGAUGAGUUCAUCAUUAAAACUGUCCAGCACAAGGAGGCAGAGUUCCUGCAAAAAUUACUGCCUGGGUAUUUCAUGAACCUGAACCAAAACAAGCGUACACUUCUGCCAAAGUUCUAUGGCCUCUACUGCAUACAGGCUGCAGGGAAGAACAUCCGCAUUGUGGUAAUGAACAACUUGCUGCCACGCGCUGUGCCCAUGCACCUUAAAUAUGACCUGAAGGGAUCCACAUACAAGCGUCGUGCCUCACCUAAAGAGAGAAUAAAGAGCGUCCCCACCUAUAAAGACUUGGACUUCAUCCAGGACCUGCCCGAGGGCCUAGCACUGGAGACAGAUCAUUAUAAUGCACUAUGCAAGACCAUCCAACGAGACUGCCUGUUGCUGCAGAGCUUUAAGAUCAUGGACUACAGUCUGCUUGUGGGGAUUCACAAUGUGGACCGGGUGUCAGGAGAAGAGGCAUCUGCGCCAGUGCAUGAUCAGAAGAAAAAUCAGGGCCAGAAGCCCCUCUACUGCACAACCAUGGAGGCAAUUCAGGGAGAAGUCAAGGGCAAGAGUGCACCACAGUGCACUGAGAGCACGGGAGGAAUGCCAGCACAUAGCCCAAAGGGGGAGAGGUUGCUGAUCUUUAUUGGUAUCAUCGACAUCCUCCAGUCCUACAGGUUUGUGAAAAAGUUGGAGCACUCGUGGAAAGCCUUGGUUCAUGAUGGGGACACAGUGUCAGUACACAGGCCUGGCUUCUAUGCAGAACGCUUCCAGAAGUUCAUGUGCAGUACCGUUUUCAGGAAAUCUUCAAUUAAAAUGUCCCAUUCUAAGAAGAUGCGUGGAGUCACUGCAGGGCAACGCAAGGGAAACACUGCAGUGGCUGGACAAACCCAGCAGGGUCAGCCGCUGGUUAUGGCAGCACACACAAAUGCAGAACAAACUCAACCAGACGAAGAGCCGACUCCGAUACAUAUUGACAGUGCCGAGUCUCCUACCUCAGAGACACCAGGAAGUGGAGAAAACGACCCUAGCCCUGACCUCAUUACUAGCCCUCUUGCAAGUGUCUUAGCUGAUGCAACACUCUCGAGAGAGGAAUAGCGGAAGCUAAAUUGCGCUAAAAAGGAAAAGUGAUAUACUGCUUUAAAGAAGACAGCCAAAUGUUUUUUUUUUUUGGACUGACAUCAGCAGACAUAACAUGAGGAAAUGGCAGAUACAGAAAGUACUUUACAUUGCAGUGAAGCACACACAAGCUGCACAAAGAUGUUCCAUGGGUGACUUCUGCAUCCACGGUUGCUGCUAAAAGACAUGAAAAGUAAGAUGUGUGUUACGAUUUCCAGACACAUUCAGAACGUACCAAAUAUGAAUCGUUGAAAUCGUUUUAAAAUAAACUUCAAUUUUGUGCCUCUACACUUUAUGCAAAAUUAUACAGGAAGUUUUUAUUUUAUUUUAUUAUUUUUUUAUGAACAUGGUUUAACACUGAGCCUUAAAGGUUCUCUUGCUAGGAAAAAGAGAGGGAAACUAACUGCUGUGAUUUAACAGUUCCACUAGCAGAGGUUUGUUGUUGUUUUUAAGUAUUUAGAAUUAGGUUUUUUUUUUUUUUUUUUUUUCUUCAGACUCUGUAAAUGUAGACUGUGAAAAAGGCAGGGUACAUGUGCCAAUGUAACCAAGACAAAGUCAACUUGCUAAGAAAAUGUUGCAUAGAGGUGCGGGAUUAAGGGAAGGGCACAAUAUGUGAAGAGCAAAACAUAUAUCAUGGUUUCUGACACACACUACGUAUAUUGAUAGUAAAAUUAACUAACAAAAAUCAAACUAUAUAGCAGCUGCAAAGGUGUGGUGAUCUUAAGCCCCAGCAGAUCUUAUUUAAUCCUAACCAGAAGACCCAGAGUUAGUGUUGGAAAGUAAAAGAAAUAGUAUGUGACUUUAACCGAUCAGUAUAUUAUUCCAGUGCUUGCUGGAAAAACCGUGUAUGUUUUCUCAUCUAUUUAAGUUUUUUCUCAUUAAUAUGCCUACUUCAGCUUUUUAGAUAUAAUUGCAUGCAAAUAAUAAAAACAUCUUUCCGACUGUGUUUAUUUGUGAUCAAAAUGGGGUGUGAUUUGGCAUGUGUAUAUGGUACAUGAAUAAUGUUGGCAUCAAGUAUGUUACAUUUACUUUGUAUCAUUUUUUUAAUUGUUUAAUUUUUUAAUUUAGGUUUAAUAGGCAAAUGUAAAUAUUAGGGUUGGUUUAAAAUCUGGUACAAGUGGGCCUCAUUUAUCAAUCUGGAAAUUAACCGAUUUAUUAGUGAACCAUUAGUACAAGCAUUUAAACAAGUCAUUUUUGUAUUUGUGAAAAUCCUGUAAUUUCCAAGAAACGUUUAUAUAAAAUUCAUGCUCCUAAAUGUGUGUGAAUUUACUCAUAAGACCUGAAAACCAUAUAAUUCACAUUGAUUACUGCACUUUUAUAUUAAGAAUAUAUGCUGUUAAGUUGAAAGUGUUCAUUUUUGUUGUGUUUACAGCAUUAAGCUGAUGCAUUUUCCAGAAUGACUUCUAGAAGUGCUUUGGAGUUUUGAUCAGAAACACAUCCUCAUGCUAGUUCAUUAGGUCAGGGACUAAAAAUACAAUCAAGAACAGUUUGUGAAACAAGGUUUUUUUUUAAUUAUACUAUGAACAACUAUGGAUAGAAGUGAGUCAGAAGGACUUCCAGCUCUGUUGUACAGCCGUUACUCUGAUUAUUCAUUUCAUGCUGCCGGCUGUCAGCACACUUGACCUUUUAUGGAAUUUGUGGGCGUCACUAAAUGCAAAUGAGUUGUAUCAGGAAGACACUGCACUUUACAGAUGAAACAUUUGCAGAUCUGUAAGACAGUUCUAGUUCAGUUUGGCUUAUGCAGACAUUUGUUUGCUAAAAGACUGAUAAAUGAGGCCUGGUUUUCUAAUAAAUAUGCAGUUUUGAUUUGAGAGCUUUAUUUUACUGCUGUCUAAUUAAGUCUUGUGAAAUGUUCGUCAAAGCGGUGCGUGCUGAUUUUAGAUGAAUUGUACUUUUUUGUUCAUUUUCUUAAAAUAUAAUGUCAACAUUAUAUAUUGGGAAAUUCAUAUGGAUUAUUUUGUAAAAAUUGUAUUUUUUAGGAUUUUUUUAGCCAUCAUUUGACCAACUGUUUUUGGUUAAAAAGUAUGCACUUGUUUUGAAUAGUUUACAUAUUUUAUACGGUGUGUCUUACAUUUUCAUAUUUGAUUGCUUAUAAAGUUCUCUUAAUUAAUUCUCUGAAUUAAGAUUUAUUAUGAACAUUGAGAAAGGAACCUUAUUUGUGGAAUUGGAAAUCAAUCGUGGGCAUAAGUGAUUUACAGUAAAUAUCAGUAUGGUAACACAAAAUAAGCCACUUUAAGAUGCAAAAUAAACACUAUUUAUAUAUGUAUUUUAUUUCUUCAUAAUUUUGAAACUGUAUAAUACGUACUGCCUUAGGGUUUAUGCAAUACAGUAAAGAAAAUGUUUACAAAAAUGCAAUGUUACAAAUUUUUAGGUUUUAAGGUGAAUUCAUUUAAUACACUCAGCUGUGCUGAAAGUGACAAGUAAAAAAAUAAUG